AUGGAACGUCUUCGUCAGGUACCCGGAAUUGCGAUCCUCAACCCGGUAUUACAUAAGCCUACUUAUACCUCUCCUUUUCCUUUCCCCCGAAAAGGAGACGACAAAUUCCGCACUGUGUGCAGGUGGUCUCUCAGCGAGUUCCACACCGGCGGGUCCGGUCUGGACAGUUCACCCAUGGCUUUUCUCACACGGCCCCCUGUUCUCAUGGCAGACGACGACUGGAGGACGCAAUUAUCCGCGUCAGAUCGGUAUGAAAACAUUCAAAAGAUAAAGUCUGUCUUGGAAGCAACUAGUCCGGAUGCCAAAGCCACAUCACAGUCCGACGCAUUUUCUGUCGAGAAUCAGGCUUAUAAAGACUCGUCGUCGAGAGCUCAAUACGACGAAAUCUGCCAGCUCGUUGGCUCAGCCAAUCUGUCUCGCCCUGAAGCCCCGGCACCUGCUGCUGACCAACCCGAUGAUACAGGCGUCACUAUCGGUUGUUACCAAAACUGCCUCCCUUUUGCGAGUGGCCUAACAUCAGAGGUCUACCGAUGCAAAGACCAAGCUCUCAAAGUCAUUGUGGAAACACAUAACAUUGAGCCUCAUAAUCCGCAUCGCGAGGCCAAGAUUCUAGCAACCUUGAAGCAACCAUGCAUUCCACUUUUGGAAACAUUCAGGGACCAGGAACAAAGAUUUGUUCUAGUGUUUCCUUACAAACCCAUGACACUUGCCCAUGUUAUUGACAAAGGAACCCUCCCACUUCCCCAGGUCAGACGUCUCUUCAAGGACAUCUUCACUGCUCUCGUAGAUAUUCACAGCCAGGGCAUCAUACACCGUGACCUCAAGCCCGAGGCCAUCCUUCUCGACGGCCCGGACGGGCCAGCAUACCUUUCAGACUUUGGAACAGCCUGGCACCCAACCAUGUCGAUUGUCUCUGAGCCAGCCAAAUCCAAGAUCCUUGACAUCGGAACCGGCCCGUACCGCGCGCCCGAAGCGCUCUUUGGCGAUAAAGCCUAUGGUCCUUCGGUCGACAUGUGGGCCGUCGGGGCCAUGUUGGCAGAGUGCUGUCGCAAUCCCCCAAAACCCUUGUUCGAAUCAAGGCCAGCACAUGAGGAUGGUAACCAGCUGGGCUUGAUUUUGAGCAUUUUCAAAACCUUGGGCACGCCGACGCGGGAGACCUGGCCGGAAGCUUCAAGCUUCAAAACACCGCCCUUUGAGAUGUACCGCAAGUUUGAUGGCCAGCCCUGGACAGAGAUUCUUCCCGAAGUUGAUCCCCAAGUUCGAGAUUUGAUAUCGGGCCUAGUUCGCUUUGACUCCAAGAGGGCUACAGCCGAGCAGAAUGCACCCGACACGACAGUGAUCAAUGACAAUUCCACGGGGCCAAGACGACAACCGGGUGACCCAAACAGAUAUGGCCUUCCAGCCAUCAGCGACGCGACUCAAAGGACAGCAGGAGGCAAAACCAACCACCAUUGCCCGCGCAAGAAGGGCCACAAAGGGGCAUCGCGUUGCUGGACUUGCAGAGAUGCCGUGGUCAGUAAAGGGCGCAAAGAGAAACAACAGAAUCAGGCAGGUGGUCUCGCCAACAAGGUCUUGCUGGUCCAGCCUGCUCGCAUCAAAAAGCGCACCACGCAGCUCCGUGGGCGGCCCCUCAAGCGUCAAUCUCAGCUUGUGUGGGCCGAUAGGCUCCGGAGAGCGAUCCCCCCGGUGACCAUCGUCAAGGACGCCCCAGAAGUCAUCGAUCCCGACGCGGAUACGGACGAGGUCUCCGUCUCCGACGAUGCCGAAGCCGCCAUGGAUGAGCAGGAGGACGCUUUCGGAACAAUCGAGCCAGAGUCCGUGGGCGUUUUGUCUCGUGAAGAGUGGCGCCUUUGGCGCAUCAGGGAGGCUGAGGAGAUUCUUCAGAUCGUUCGUGCCGGUCUUGACAGGUUGAUUUGA